AUGGUAGAUUCCGAGGCCGUUGAAGGCAUCGGCAAAGAGUACGUUGACCGAGCUUCUAGUGUCGAUGAGGAUUCAACCUACGUCAAAAUUGGCAAUGUCUGCUCGAAUGAUCAUGGGAUCGGAAUGGGGGAAGAUGAUGCCCUUCUCUCUUCUUCGGAAAAGGUGAUGGGUUCCCAUCUGAAUCGUCGGAUUUUGCUGUUGCGCUCCUCAAUGAGGCUGAGGGUGCCGAACGGCACGUACAUAACUCUUGACGAACCGACGGCUGCAGUCAGCGAUCGUUGUAACGCCACUGAUCACGUUGAUCUACCUAUUGCCCUGGUGCUCGGGACCCGAUUGUGCACUCAGAUACUGGUCUAG